UCAUUUUUAUUGCAAGAAGCUACACUAUUGCUUAAGUGUUCGAAAUAUGGUGCAGUAUGGUAUUACUGGCUUCUUCAAGAUGACACUUCGGUAACGACUUACAAACGCGACAGAUCGAUUAUUGCAGAUCGCGUCGCACCUCCUCACUUAGCUAUUGUCGGAUGACAACAUUGCCUAGGCAACACCAACCAGUUGUAUCCAUGUUUCAACCGGCAGUCUAGUGUAAGCAUAUGACUCGUGGAGGUGUGAGAUAGGAUCUUGUGAUGGCCGAAGCUUUGUUUGACGCUCCUUCCAGGUUGUCAACUCACCAUUUGAUGCCCAGACGACGAGAAGGAAGCGUUCUACGCGCAGCUGGAGCAGGUCUACGAUAGCUGCCCGCGACGGGACGUGAAGAUUGUUAUUGGGGACAUGAAUGCUAAGGUAGGACGGGAGGCAAUGUACAGACCGGUAAUCGGACCGGAUAGCCUGCAUGCCGUGUCUAAUGAUAACGGCCAUCGGUGCGUAAACUUUGCGGCCUCCCGUGGUAUGGUAGUCCGAAGUACCUUUUUUCCCCGCAAAAAUAUCCACAAAUCCACCUGGAGAUCACCCAGCCAACAGACAGAGAACCAAAUCGACCACGUUCUAAUCGACGGCAGGUUUUUCUCCGACAUCAUCAACGUUCGCACCUACCGCAGUGCGAAUAUAGAUUCGGACCACUACCUUGUAGCUGUGUGUAUGCACUCAAAACUAUCGACGGUAUAUAACACCCGCCGAACUCGAACGCCGCGACCAAAUAUUGAGCAACUGCGGGACGCCGAGGCUGCACAGGAGUACGCGCAGCAGCUGGAGGCAGUGCUACAUACGGAAGAGCAGCUUGGUGCAGCUACCCUUGAAGAUGGCUGGAGGAGCAUCCGAUCCGCCAUAGGUAGCACUGCUGUAGCGCUACUAGGUACAAGGGCCUUGAAUCAUAGAAAUGACUGGUUUGACGGCGAAUGCAAACGGUUAGUCGAGGAGAAGAAUGCAGCACGGGCGAGAAUGCUGCAACACCGUACGAGAGCGAACGUGGAACGAUACCGACAGGCACGGAACAGCCAAAACUCAGUCCUCCGAAGGAAGAAGCGCCAGCAAGAAGCUGAACAGCUCCCGUAAAGGCUUCGUGCCACAACCGAUAUGUGCAGGAGCUUGGACGGCAACCUCCUUACAGACGAGUGUGAGGUGAUCGAAAGGUGGAGGCAGCACUUCGACGAGCAUCUAAACGGCGAUGCAGUAGAGCGCGAGGACGGUAUGGCAACUGAUCUUGGUGCGCGAGCAGAAGACAUCAGAAUUCCAGCCUCCGAUUUUCUGGAGGUGGAGAAGGAGAUUGAUCGGCUGAAAAACAACAAAGCUGCUGGAGUGGACCAACUUCCCAGCGAGCUUUUGAAAUACGAUGGAGAAACACUGGCUAGAGCCGUGCACUGGGUCAUUGUCUAGGUUUGGGAGAAAGAACGUGUACCGGAGGAGUGGAUGGAGGGUAUUGUGUGUCCCAUCUACAAUAAGGGCGACAAACUGGAGUGCUGUAAUUACUGGGCAAUCACUCUGUUGAACGCCGCCUACAAGGUACUCUCCCAAAUACUUUGCCUUCGACUAUCACCAUUUGCGAAGCACUUUGUGGGGCACUACCAGGCGGGAUUUAUAGGUGCAUGCGCCACCACGGAUCAGAUAUUCGCGGUUCGGCAGGUUAUGCAGAAAUGCCGCGAAUAUAAGUACCCACACAUCAUUUGUUCAUCGAUUUUAAAUCGGCGUACGACACAAUCGAUCGGGACAAGCUAUGGCAAAUUAUGCACGACUACAGAUUUCCGGACAAACUGACGCGGUUGGUCAAAGCGACGAUGGAUCGAGUGAUGUGUGUAGUUCAAGUUUCGGGGGCACUCUCGAGCCCCUUCGAAACCCGAAGAGGUCUAAGGCAAGGUGAUGGUCUCUCGUGCCUACUGUUUAACAUUGCCCUGGAAGGUGUCAUGAGAAGAGCGGGGAUUAACACGAGUGGCACGAUAUUCCAAAAGUCGGUUCAAUUGUUUGGUUUCGCCGACGAUAUCGACAUUGUGGCUCGGACCUUUGUGAAGAUGGCGGAUACGUACAUCGGACUAAAGGCUGAAGCCAAACGCAUUGGACUGGUCAUCAAUGCAUCGAAGACGAAGUACAUGAAAGGAAGGGGUUUACGAGAAGACAGUGCUAACCUCCCACCUCGAGUUCAAAUUGGUGGUGAUGAAAUCGAGGUGGUUGAUGAGUUCGUGUAUCUGGGCUCACUGGUAACUGCCGACAACGAUACCAGCAAAAAAAUCAACGGCGCAUUAUGGUAGGAAAUCGUGCAUACUUUGGUCUCCGGAGGACGCUCCGAUCGAGUAGAAUUCGUCGCCGCACCAAGUUAACCAUCUACAAGAUGCUGAUCAGACCGGUAGUCCUCUACGGGCGUGGGACACGGACUAUGCUUGUGGAGGACCAAUGCACCCUUGCACAGUGGGGCGACUCCAUACAAAGGCUGGCCAAGCAAAAAAAGUGUCGAAAAAUGCGACAAAAACUUGGUAUUUACAUAAUUUUGGGGCGCUGAACACGAAUUUGGCAUCAAUUUUUUGUUUGGGGCCGUCCAUAAAGCACGAAAUCCAAUUUUUAAUAUUUUUUGGCCCUUUUUUCCUUUUUUAUAGAAUUAUAUGAUCUUUGACCACAAGUAGUGCCACCGGGCGUCCUUCCCAUUGAAAAAAUACGUAAUUUAUGGACAACCCCUUGAACUAAACAAAUUU